ACGACGUCGGCUGCCUGUUUUACGGCAGCUGCCUCCGUGAAGAAGUUGCCAGCAUGGCGUUUACGCUCUACUGUCUCCUCCAGACCGCUAUUCUGUGUACUAAUGCGGUCGCUGUGUUACACGAGGAGAGGUUUCUCAGCAAGUUCGGCUUCGGUGUGGACCAGGGCGUCGCGGGGUUCGGGGAUGACCCCGGGGUCAAAGCCCAGAUCCUCACCCUCAUCCGCUCGGUCCGGACUGUCAUGAGAGUGCCGUUGAUAAUAUUCAAUUCGGCCUGCAUUGUACUGUUGUUACUUUUUGGUUAAAACCAUUAAACAAAAAACGAAGCCAGAGAAGAAAAGUGUCAACUGACACAAACACACACACACACACACACACACACACACACACACACACCGAUACGCAGGGACCUUUUUCUUCGUCAUGGGGGGAGAAGUUCAUGGGGAUACUUGGGAAAGAACAAGUCAAACGUUGACCUGCAGAUGUUUUCAUCCGAAGAGAAGAACCGACACCUCAGCAAGUCCCAGAUAUGACUGGUGCAGACUAAACACUACGACUGAACCCAACCUGUUUGUCAGUGUGACACAAAAUGAAAGUGAUCAUUCAUUGUAACACCACACAAAACCUUUUUGUGCUGCACAGGGUGUAAUUGUCCAUGUUUUCACCCAUUUGAGACGGAUGGAUAUGGUGAUAUGUUUUAUUAUGCUGUUUCAAAUGGAGUGUUAUCUAUGGAAGUAAAUCUGUGUCAUCAGGUUUUGAAAGAAAAACGUAUCUGAAAAAUGGGUUCUCGUUUCAGACUUCAUGAGCAAAUACAGGAUCCCUUUGAGAUAAAUUCCAAAGCCUCGCAUUAAGACGUACAUCCCUUUAUGUAAGACUCUGCGCUACUUGCAGGUCGCUGUGUUGUGCCAGAUCCUCAAUAAAGUUUAUGCUGCCGACAAGCCGAAGUUGUAUUGGGUGCUCGCUCCUUUAGCUUGACGCACGCUCCUGAUCUUGAAUCUAGAAUCGAUUGCUCUUCCUUGAGGUCCCGGAUGAUGUGGUUGAAUUUUUUGCGGUUGAAUUUUUUGCAGUAUUUUAAUGUUGAAAAACAUUCAGAUACAUAAUUUCAAUGCAUAAAUAUUCAGUGCUAGAAAUUCAAUCACCUUUUACGUUUCAAAACCCGAUGACACAGAUUUACUUCCAUAGUUAUCAGUAUUGGGGCCCGGAUAAUAGGUAAAUAUUUAUUGUGUACGGUUGUAAUGCUAUACAGGUUAUAGCUGUUUUUUUUAUUUUGUCAUUUAGGAAUUUGGAUGUUUUAGUUUUAAGAUCACAGGUGCCUUUACAGAAUUUUUUAAUUUUUUAAUUAAUGUGCACUCUUCCGGCCAAAUAAUUUGUAUUUUUGAAAUCAGUCUUAUUGUGUAUUUUUGGGUGUCAUGAGAUGUAAAAGUAUUUACUUAAAACCAACAAGUCGGCCAGUGGUCAGUGAAAUUACAUUUACUGAGCCUAUUGUUGAAUUAACCAGUUCUUGUUUGACUACUCACAGAAAUGCAGUUUUAUAUGAUGACAUCUGUUUACACAGUUAAGUUGAACAUUGUUUCUGCUAAACAACUCGAUGGUGUGGAUUUGUUGACAAUACUUUGAAAUAAACCCCUCCCUCUGCACCUUAAGGACACAUUAGGGACACAAUAAGGGACAUUUAGCUGGAGAAGAAGCAGUGGUGACUGAUCAGUUUCAAAAAUUAAAAUUCAGGACACACUUUCCUGAUUGUCAUUCUCACUUAUCGAUUCCUGCUCAUGUGUAAAAAUGGCUUAUGAUCAUAUGUAAUAAUUUGGUUAAACAGCUCUAAACAAUUCUCUUCUGUACACGGUUGUCUUGAAAUAAAUAGUAGGUUUAAUGAUCUUUUUAAACAGAGCAUAUAAACAAAUGGUAAAUUGUUUUUACUUUUUACUGCACUUGAGCAGAACGUGGCCAUAUAAUUUGUAGCGAUGUGUGAAACUGUAAUAGAGUAAAUAUUGACAUAGUUCACUCUCAA